AUGCGAUCAAUAUUGACGUGCUUCGAUCUUCAAGUACCUCUACGCCACCCGCAACAAGCGAGGUGGUUCUGCGUCCCAAAUCUUUUGAAGAGCAAAAACUACUCCGUCUUCUAUCGACAUCCCGCCCAUGUCGAGUGGCAACAUCGAAAAGCAAACAACUGGCGAAACUCGUUUCCAAAGCGCGAGAAUUCCCUCGAAACGCGGAAGAUUGCAGAGGAUAAGGAAUGGGGCAAUGCUCUUCACAUCUUCAGCAAUCAUUUAUACAAAAAUGCCGGAUACUUCAUACGGCAAAUUUGUAAAAAAAAGACGUUCAUCUUCCGCGAGUUCCACACAUCCAGCUUCUACACCUUCACGGAUCAGUACUCUCAGCAAGCUCUCGAAGGCCAAAAACGCACUUUCCGGGAACGAAAGAACAUUGCUGCUUUCAUCAAAAAAGAAUUCGACAAGAAAUCAAGGAUCAAAUUGAACGAGUGCUGCCUGUAUCAAGAAGAAUAUGCGUUCAAACUCUGCCGGCUCUUACAAAGAACUUUCGAAAGAAAACUGAUCAGGAGAAAUGCACUAGAAAGAAAAAAUCAACGAAGAAAAUUCGAGAGCUCAACUACUCAAGAUGAUUUCCCAGAAACCAGCGAUCAAUAUGUGCCAAUGACAACAAUCCUGUUCUCGCCGGACAAGGACAUCUACGAAGCUUUUAAUUCAAACAUCGGCUUGUGGAUCGAUCCAAAUAAGGUAAUCUUACAGCCAGAUAGUGGAGAUGCCUCAAUUUAUACAAUAGGAUUCGAUCUCAACAUCAAUAAAGAAGUCGUCUCAAAGUUCAACUUCGGUGUGAAGCAAGGAGACAAGUUCGUGAAUCCCGUCGACGAUCUCAUUCUCAUCCUCAAGUUGAAAAACGGGCCUGAUCAUUACAUAACUCUUUCCGGAAACUGA